AUGUCGCACCCUCAGCCUCCGCAAAGACAGCCUACAGCUUCCGAAACCGAACGAUAUGCAAAAGUAGUACACAACGCCGCUCUAGUAGCAGUCAUAGCAUGUCCAAUCCUAGCCAUACUUCCGCCUCGAAAGCUGGACCUCUACACCUGGGGUCUCGUCGGCGCCACGGGAUACUCGGCCAACUACCUAGUACGCGAAUCGAGCGGACGGACAAUAUGGCAGCACGUCUCGCGACAACAACCACAAUUGCUGCAACCGACAGAGCGGAAGGAGGAAGGGCAGCAGAGCGUGGUCGGAGAUUUUCAAAAGUCGAAUCGCAGCGCUUGGAAGAUCCAACGGCAGCAGGAGAUCAAGGAGGAUGUGGAGGAAGGUAAAGGGUUUGCGGAUAUGAUUAUGGAUCAGAUUUGGGAGGUCUGGAAUCAGGGGAAGACGAAGGAAGAUGAUGAUGAGCAGUGA